AUGAAGCAGAAUAGGACGACGAAGUUUGGAUUUCUCGUUCAGAAUAUCGUUACUUCCAGACUUGAAGUUAGAAUGCAGUGUCAUAUGGGAAGUGCCGACGUAAGUGUUGCCUUGCCAAGGUCCACGUCCCAUGUCAAACCGAAAGGGAUCCGACUUCGGCAAGCCGGUAUUUUCCUAUUCAUGGUUGCUUUCCGUGAUAUCGGCGAGAUCCUCCCCAUUGUGAAACCCUGCGGUCCCAUGUCAACGGUCGAUGUAGGCAUGUGUUGUCUUGACAAAGAAGAUCAUGGCAUGGUGCCAGCUACUCCCGGUAAUCAACCCUAUCGUCCGAUACAUAUGGCCAUGUGUAUGCGAGCGAAAGAGGUCGUUGCGUUCAUGUAUCAAGGAACAGCCUUGUCCGGCAGAUCUUGA